GUUCCUUAUUAGAUUCAUACAUUAUGUAUUAAAAUGGUUAUGUAAUCUGCAUCAAUUUGGGGUUGAUCUACCAUGACUAAGGUUUGUUUGGCAUUUUAUUUCAUUUUCUCACUAGAGUUUAUUUCUCCAGCAACCAACUCCCAAAUAUUUUUUAGUUCUUCAAAAUACGAACAUCACAAGAAUACCAAGAAUUACACAUACGUACUCAAAGUUCUUGGUGUUCUAGGCAUUGUGGCCAUGCUUACUCUUAAACUGUUAAGGCAAGCCUAAAAGGUUAAGUUGUUUUACCUGAUUCGCUCAUCCCGGUUGCAGACCCCCCUUGUUCAUCCAAGAUUCCGUUCCCAUAAUUAUUUUUCUCUCGGCAUACAAUCCAUACAAUCCAUACAAUCUCCACGAUGGUCUGGGCUUUCUCUUGGCCAAGCUCCAAGACUGGUUAAUCCACGACCCUCCCUCUCUUGUCGCCUCCUGAAUCCCAAACUAAACCAUGGCCUUCUCAUUUUCUCUCUAUCUCUGCCUAAUGUAGUCAGGUCGAUGAAGUGGUAAUUGUCUUGUCCUUUUUACCUUUUUCGCGUUCUUUCGUUGACGUCGAGUUCCCACUAUCAUUCAAGUCCCAAAUCCAUCUCACGUCUACCAAUAAUAAAUCAUAAUCGAUAUACUUACAACAUUCAUCCCUAAUCGGAUGAGACGUUCAUUACUUACGUACUAGCUUAAUUCAUCUAUGUCCGGAUUUUCUAUUCUUUUCUCGCCUCUCUCUUCCUGGUGAUCAAACAUUCAAUUCGCUCAUUUUUACCACCCAUUCUCACGAUCCGACGCAUUUCGCAAACCAUGGUGAAGUUCUCGACACCGCUAUUAGCGGUCCUUGGCCUAGCUGCCGAUAGAGCAUAUGCAGCUCUCGAUGUAGAUCUCGAUGAUCCAG